CAUAGGCGAACCUCUAUCGCCGCCUCUGACAUAUCUAAUGCUGAAUCAACACGCCAUAUCCUCGAUAACACCCCCAGCCUAAACCCGUACAGUGGGCGCUCCAUGCCAACCACUGGUCAGAACUCGACGACGGGUCUCUCUUUAACCAUUAACUAUGUCCCAUCCAAGUUUUCUGGGACCAUUCUCAGGCGCAAAACGACUGCCAAGAUGCCAAAACUUGGUGGGGGCGUCGAAGCAUUCCGGAGUGGUGAAUCCCGGAUGCCUGGACAAACCUUUGGCAACGAAAAUAGAAUUUCCAUGUUCGGAGGGAAAUUGCAAGUAGCGAACAAGUACAGGUGGAACAAGUUCAAAUGGGUGCUCUUUUUCUCCAACCUCUGUGUACGGCCUUCAUUCAUUAUUCAAGUUUUUCUUAACUAUCACUCAUUCCCACAUCUACUACAGCUGACUACCUAUGCCCUUGUCUCCCUUGUUGCCUGUCUACUGACUUGGUUUGACGUGUGGCAACACGCCGACGUGAUGCGUGUUGGUAAUCGUCCUGAACUCAUCGUAUCCACCAUUGGUGCCACCAUCGGUGUUCUGACAUCUAUCAUAGGAUGGGCUGGUAUCCUCCUUAACAAUCGCUCGUUUCUCGCUGUUUACACCUUCAUGACUUGGAUUACCUUCGCAUUCCUCAUUACUCCGGGCUAUAUCACGUUCCGCCGGAGCGAAUACAACCUCGAGGGUAAAAUUAACUCUCAGUGGUCAAAAACACUUGGUGCCGAGGGCCGACUUAGGAUUCAGAAUCAGCUUGAAUGCUGUGGUUAUUUUAGCCCAUUUGUAGAGGCCACUGUCAGCCAGACUUGUUACGCUAGGAGCUUGUUACCUGGGUGUAAAUUGCGAUAUCUAACAUUCGAACGCAAUAUUAUGAGGAAGUGGUAUCACGCUUCGCUCGGGCUGGCACCAUUGCAUAUCCUUGUCAUGAUUGCGGUCCUGUUGUGCUCGAAUCACGUCACAUAUCGCUUUGGAAAGGGCAUGAUGCCUGAAGCAUACCGUUUGGACUUGAAUAGCAUGGCCGUUAUCAUGGAAAACUAUGCAAAUCAGUUGGCGGAAGAAUAUGGAGCAGAAGCUGCUUCAGAGAUUCUCAAGCGAUCUCGAUCAAACCUCAAUCUCAGCGAGAUACCUUCCAAUCCAUUUGAGAACCCUCCACCUACACCAAAUCUUGACGAUUCAAAAUACCAAUCAGCUACUAAGAAGGGGCGAGAACCCUUCUAGCGACAUCCCUUUGCCCACCUCUUGUUCGUUGUUGCCACAACGUCAAUCUUUCUUGGUUCCGUUUCAUCUUGACACUGUUGUUUUAAUGCGCCCCUUUCUAUCCUCGUAAUUAUGUUCCCUACGCCUAGCUGUAAGUACAAUGUUGCUCUCGUUGCUCGUCUGUACCGACAUAUUUAUACCCAUCCAAAAUUGUAUACCAUUUACGUC